AUGCCUCAACCCGACCGCAGGAUUUCCCCAGGUGGAUGGGUUCUCGUGACAGGAGCCAACGGAUACAUCGCCUCGCACGUUGUCGACAUCCUCCUUGAUCAAGGCUACAAUGUGCGCGGCACCGUCCGUAACGAGAAAUUGUGGCUGAACAGAUAUUUCGAAACCAAAUACGGCAAGGGGGGGUUCCAAACCUUCAUCCUCCCGGACUUGGAGGAUCAGUCUGCCUUUGACAAGGCUGUCAACGGUGUUUCGGGCGUCGUCCACAUUGCCACAGAUGUGUCCUUCAGCACGGAUGUCCACGCUGUUGUGGCCAAAGUCGUGGCUGGGACAGUGAACGUGCUUCAGUCCGCGGCCAAAGAGCCUUCUGUCAAGAGCGUCGUGCUGACCUCCUCCUCGUCGGCGGCACUGAUUCCGGUACCAAAUCAAGAAGGAGUGGUCGUCGACCAAAAUACAUGGAACGAUGCAGCUGUGAAGGCAGCGUACAGCGGAGCAGCACCCGCAGAGCAACUGCCAUUCUUGUCCUAUGCAGCGUCCAAGACUGAAGGAGAACACGCGUUCUGGGACUGGGUGAAGACCAACAACCCAAGCUUUGCUGUCAACUCAGUCUUGCCGAAUAUGGCUAUGGGCCCGAUCCCAAGCCCGGAAAUGUAUGGGAGCACCAUGGGCUUUAUCCGGGAACUUCUGGAAGGAAAGACGGAUAAGAACAUUGACAUGUUCCCUCCGCAGUGGUACAUAGACGUCCGAGACAUCGCGAGAGUUCACGUCGCCGCCCUGCUUGAUCCCACCGUCCAGUCCGAACGACUCUUUGCAUUUGCUGGCCCGUUCAACUGGAAUGAUAUUAUCCGGAUCUUGAAGAAACUUCGUCCCGGGAACACGAAUAUUCCCGCGGCCCCUGAGAAUGAAGGCAGAGAUUUGUCGGAUGUUUGGAAGGCGAGCAAGAGAGCAGAAGAGCUGAUCCGUUCAUUCUUUGGGGUCAAAGGCUGGAUUAGUCUGGAAGAGAGUCUCGAGGCAGGCAUUGUUGAUCUUAAAUGA